AUGGCAUCUGUCAAGCUUGCAGAGUAUCUCUUCACUCGCUUACGCCAGCUUGGCGUCGAGUCGGUUCAUGGUGUCCCCGGCGACUUCAAUCUGACCAUGCUCGACCAUGUGGAGCCUGCAGGUCUCAAUUGGGUUGGAAAUGCCAACGAGCUCAACGCCGCAUAUGCUGCUGAUGGAUAUUCCAGAAUAAAGGGACUUGGCGCCAUUGUUACCACAUUUGGAGUGGGAGAGCUCUCUGCCAUCAAUGCCAUUGCUGGCGCCUACUCCGAGUUUGCGCCUGUCGUUCACAUCGUCGGCAUCCCUGCUCGACAGACCCAGGACGCUCGGACCUUGAUGCAUCACACCUUGAAUGAUGGCGAAUAUAAGAGAUUCUCCCAAAUGCACGCCCACGUCACCAUUGCACAGACUCGGCUUUGGGAUCCCUUGACGAGUGCCCAGCAAGUCGACGACAUCUUGGCCAAAUGUCUGCUGCACUGUCGCCCCGUCUACAUUGAGCUCCCUGUUGAUAUGGUUGAUGCCUUUGUCUCUGCAGAGAGAUUGCAGUCACCAAUCGUCGUUCCGGAGCCACAGCCAACCGCCAACUUGGACGAGGUCCUUGCCAAGGUCAUCAGCAAGAUUGAAGCGGCCAAGCAACCCGUCAUAUACGUCGACGGAGAGAGCAGACCCCUCCGCAUCGUAGACACGUUACAACAGUUCGUAUCCAAGACGAAAUGGCCAACUCUUACCUCGCCCUUUGGAAAGGGAUUGAUUGAUGAGACCGAGCCCAGCUUUGUUGGCGUAUACCAGGGACAAUGGGGGGCCAAAGGUGUUCAUGACUUUGUAAAGGAGACCGAUUUGGCGCUAUGCUUCGGUCCCCAUUACAGUGGCACUAACACUUAUAUGUGGAACAGCAUUCCUCAAAGCAAGGAGACCAUUGAAUUCACCACAUCAGGCAUCAAGAUCGGGUCUGAACUCUAUCGAGACGUGUCUGCUAAGCUGAUUCUUUCACGACUCCUCAACGAACUUGACGUGUCAAAGAUCAAGUCGUACAGCCCUUUGCCUGAUUUACCCAAGUACGAACUCCUUGCACCCUCGUCAGCGCCGGCGGAUGAGAUUAUCAAACAAGACAGAGUCUGGAAGAUCCUAGGAAACCUUAUCCAACCCGGCGACAUUGUGAUGGGAGAAACUGGCACGCCAGGAUUUGGUGUUCGCGAGAUGCCCAUGCAAAAACAUUGCCGUGUUUUCAGUCACGUCACCUGGUUGUCGAUUGGUUACAUGCUCCCGGCUGCUCAGGGCGCUUCCCUCGCACAAAAGGAGCUCAUUGCUGCGUCUAAAUGGCAUGGAAUCAAGAAAGCCAAGACUAUUCUGUUCAUUGGCGAUGGCAGUUUCCAAAUGACGGCACAGGAAAUGUCAACCAUGAUCAAACACGACCUGGACGUCGUCAUUGUACUGAUUAAUAACGACGGAUAUUCCAUUGAGAGAUUCAUUCACGGCAGAAAACAGGGGUACAACGAUGUGGCUAGAUGGAGGUACUUGGAAGCACCAAGCUUCUUCGGUGCCUCGAAAGAUACCUAUACCGCAUCCGCCAAGACGUGGGCUGAGCUGAAGACGAUUAUGGAAAAUGACAAGGUGAACAAUACUAAGGGUCUGUCUAUGAUUGAAGUCAUUAUGGAGAGAGAAGAUGCUCCUCCGGGCCAGCUGCAAAAGGUCCUCGAUAUGCAGAUCGAGCGGGAGCUCAAGAACUAA